AUGGACAAUCAGGCGUACGGAACUAAUGGCCAUGUCUCAGCAGAGGUCGAAGUGCCACAGCGAGUGUCGUAUGCCAACAAUUAUGGGGGCGCAAUACCUACAAAUGUAGUCUUGCGACGUCGAAACCCAAAUGUCAACGUGCCUUUGCCAGGCUGCCACAACUUCAUCGGUAGAGCCACAAUGAUUGAAACGAUCGAGCGCCAGUUAGUACGCGAUGAUCAAGACGACAUAUCGCGAAAUGUUGCGCUCUCAGGAGUUGGUGGAGUAGGCAAAACCGAGCUCAUUGUACAAUUCUGCCGAAAAGUGUCUUCUUACAAGCACAUAUUGUGGCUCUCAGCGACUGAUGAAGCUGCAUUUCAAAGAGAUCUUUUGCACUGUGCUUUCAGUCUCAAAGGUGAAAUUCAGCGCUCCGUCGAUGACAUUGCGGACCCGCAACGAACGCGCCUGUAUUUCCCCGAGCUGCACUCAAUUCCUCUCGAUAUAGCUCUUACAGGCUGGAUUAAGUCGCAGCACGAUCCUUCAUCUAGAGUGCUUGUGGUUCUGGACGAUUUAGAUGGAAUAGACGCCGCCGGUCGGCAGAAGGUCCAUCGAGAAUUAUCUUCCGACACGGUUGAUCUAAUUUAUACAACAAGGAAUCCGAUGUUUGCGCGCAGAGCCAACUUUUGGCCAGCAAACCACAUCAAAGUAUCUCCACUGGAGCCGCUUCAAGCAAUUCAAUUAUUGCAUAGUCUAAAUGUUGAAGAAGUAGACGAGGUUCAAACGCGGAUUCCCGAUACGGAAGGCGCUGUUUCACAGAUCGUUCGGCGACUUGACUGUGUCCCCGCUGCGAUCAUCGUUGCAUCUCAAUAUGCGACGCAUCAAUAUGGCUCACGAAGUGUGAAUGCAAAUAAUCAACUCCUCAAUAGGUGGCCUGAAAAACGUAUCAUGACAUUCGUCCGAGAGACGCCUCAAUAUCCCUUCUCGGUAUAUGGCUCCCUUGAAGUAUCUCGCGCCCGUCUACAGCGCAUCUCAGAAAGAGACGAAAUCUCACGUAAUACUUACAAACUUUCUUUGUUCCUUCUAUGGAUGCUGAGUCGAUUGAAAUGGUCAUCGUUUCACCGAGAAGAUGUGGAAGGCUUGUGUCGAACUUUAUGGAAUCAUUGCCUAACCAAUAUGACUCACGAUUUCGAGAUUGACAUCCAAAUCUUGGGAGACGACUUAGAACAAGCCGCAGAUUGCAUUGCACAGCUGAUCCAAGUGUCUUUACUGACGGAGGAUUCCGGAGACUCCAUUUUGCUCAAUGAUAUCACAAUGUCUUGGUCUGUGAACUAUUCCCUAAUGGUCAAACUUGCGCAGGAUAACGAGACAGCUCUCGAGGGGCUCCUAGAGGCCCUAAGCACGGUCAGCAGGCGUCAAAUACAUGAGGUGGCCCAAGAGUUGCCGGAAUAG